GUCGAAUAAAACCAUGCUCCACGGAGUGGCAACACAUCUUGGCGCUACCGCCGUUCGAAAAAGAUAACAGUUCAUCGGCACAGCGAACGUCGUAUAAAGUAGAUCAUAUAUCUAUGGCUGAGACAGCACCAGCAACCAAUGGAACCCACAAUACUGCCAACGCUGAUGGCGCGGUUGCCCAAGCAAAUGGCUCUGUUGCCACUUACAGUGCACCCUCUCGCGUCACUCUUCAUCUCGGACACUUGCCAAGCAAGAAAGAUAUCAAGGCUCCAUGGCCGCGCACACCCUCACGGGUUGAUCCCAACAACCCUCCGUGGCCAGCGUACCGUGGCUAUCACGAGUACUCGUUCGCACAUGCAACGAUGGGGGUUCGUUUACCGACCAUCCUUGGCAAAGCUAUAGACGAUGCAUCGCGAACUCUAAAUGAGCAGUAUGCCGAAGACAAGAUUGUUGACCUUGUAGAAUGUUUGGAGAGAAUGGACACCCUCAUGGCCGACCUCAGUGGAAAUGCUAAGCUUAGACCAAUCGUUGACGACGGCGAAGGUGACGUGGCACUGUGGAAUAAGGAAAUUGCAAAGUUCUUCCAGGGCAAGGAUUUCAUGAAUGCGCCUUGGUUGUUCGCCGAAGCCUAUAAGUACCGUCGUCUGCAUGAGUGCUUCAGUGUAAGCAAGUACUGGCAUCACUAUGAUGUUUUCUACCGUCAAAAGUGUGACACUUUUUCAAGAUCAACAGACGCUGUCUUUGAGCUGUCUAUGCGCUUUGCUGAUCCUUUCAAGCAGCCAGAUAACAUGUCGGACAAAGAGAAAGCAGAAAGCGAGAGACUCAUGUUUUUGGAGUUGACUCAAGUGUGUCUUUGGGGCAACUCGACUGACCUUUCACUCUUGAUCAACAUGACGGAAGAACAGAUCAAAUCUCUCCAGUCGACUGGAGGAGACCACCUUGCUGCAACUGAAAAGAAUAUUCUUGGCAACCAUCUAAACCAACUUUGGGAGACUGUCAAAGUCCUCCGCGAAAAGACUGGUGGACGAAUUGACUUCGUGUUGGAUAACGCCGGGUUUGAAUUGUAUUGCGAUUUCGUGUACGCUGAUUUCCUCAUACAGACUGGUCUUGCUAAGCAGAUUCGGUUCCAUGGCAAGCGUUACCCAUGGUUCGUGUCUGAUGUGACGCGAAAAGACUGGGACUGGUUACUGAACACCAUGGUAUAUGGACACUUGUUCCCAAAAGCCUCCGAGGCUGAGCGAGAGUCGCUACGGAGACUCGGGGCCCGGUGGAAGCAAUACGAGAAAGAUGGCAGAUGGCAAUAUGAGCAACAUCCUUUCUGGUGCACUGGAUAUACGUUCUGGGACCUUCACAGCGAGGCACCAGAUCUCUUCCUCCACCUGUCUCGCUCAGAUCUCGUCUACUUCAAAGGCGAUCUGAACCACAGGAAGUUGACGUAUGAUUGUGCUGCACCAGCCAGCAUUCCAUUUGACAUUGCCAUUGGACCCAUGGCUAGCGCUGCUGGAGCUCCAAAGAUCUGCAGAGACAAUGGCGACGCCACAGCAGAGCGGUUAGACAAGGAAGAGCCAGGUUGGAAGAUCAGCGGGAAAUAUGCUGUCGUACUCCUGUCAGAAGGUCGACCGGGGGAGAAAGUGCGGUUUGCUUGAGCGAAGUAAAUUCCACUGGUAGAAAAGCGUCAUUAUCCUGGGUGGUUAGCUCUCCCAUGUGCCAGGCACUUCCUCGUCGCUUACUAUAGCUGUUGGACUCCUAUCGGAAGAGUCUGGAUAGAGUACUACCAAAUCUCCGUUCUCUACAUAUGUAUGCAUUCCCACUAUCUCUCGCUAUUUUUGUAACUAUACAUUUUUAUGAGAUACUUAUAUGUUGUCAAUUUUACCGCUUCGAGAAGCAGGACGAGCAAUACUAUGACAUUUCAUCCACAAGACAAAA